CAACUGUUCUUCACCACGGCAAUCAUGGCAGGCCGUAGCUUCAUCCCAUUCCUGGUCACGAUGAUGCUCGUGACCGGAGUCUGCAACACCAUCCUCAACAAAUACCAGGACAUGCAAUGUGUACGGAACUGUGACUCCCCCGAUCCCAAGGAGCGGAAGUUGUUCGAACAGCCCGUUAUUCAGACAGCGCAAAUGUUCGUCGGUGAAAUGGGCUGCUGGCUAGUCGUUGGGUUGUCUAUUCUUUACAAGCGCUUUGUUGCGCCCCGAUUAUCCCGCAAUGCAUCUCCUCUUCUGGCCGGCGGCUACCGCCCUGUGCCCGAGGAGGACGGCGACGAUGACCACACGAUUGAUGAACCGGAGGACCAGAGACAUCCCAAGCCUAUCCACGGAUAUGGCAAUCGGAUCCCGCUUCGUGGGUGGCGGAUUCUCCUCCUUGCUGCACCCUCGUCCUGCGACAUCGCAGGCACGACCCUCAUGAACGUGGGUCUGCUUUUCGUGGCGGCGAGUAUCUACCAAAUGACACGCGGGGCUCUGGUUCUAUUUGUUGGGUUAUUCAGUGUUAUUUUCCUCCGUCGCAAGCUCUACCUGUACCAAUGGAGUGCGCUGUUUGUCGUUGUCCUCGGCGUCGCACUCGUGGGACUUGCUGGUGCUCUUUUCAGCGGCGAUAGCGGCCACGAUCUCACGCAGGAUGACGAUGUCUCUGGCCAGGUCGCGAAUACCCCUCAAGCUGUACAGACGAUUAUCGGGGUGCUGCUCAUUGCCGCGGCGCAGAUCUUCACUGCCUCGCAGUUCGUGCUGGAGGAAUGGAUUCUUGAGAACUAUGCCAUGGAUCCUAUCCAGGUUGUGGGCUGGGAAGGUGUCUUCGGGUUCUCGGUUACCCUGAUCGCUAUGGUUAUUCUCUACAUCGCCGUUGGAAGCACCGAGGCUGGUCGCUACGGCUACUUCGAUAUGAAGGAGGGAUGGCACGAGAUGAUUACGAACCGCGCUGUUGCUGUUUCCAGCAUGCUGAUCAUGAUCAGCAUCGGCGGCUUCAACUUCUUCGGUCUGUCCGUCACCCACUCGGUCUCCGCCACCUCGCGCAGCACAAUCGACACAUGCCGCACACUCUUCAUCUGGGUCGUCUCUUUGGGUCUGGGCUGGGAAUCCUUCAAGUGGCUACAAGUUGUCGGUUUCGGCCUGCUCGUCUAUGGAACCUUCUUGUUCAACGACAUCGUCCGGCCCCCGCUCAAGGCUUGUCUUCCGAGUAAUGGGAGAGAGGGCGAGGUCUUGCUCCCCGAGGAGCCGAUUGAGCAUAUCUAG